CCAAGGGCCACAGAAUGGACCCGUUUCCCUCUCCAGUGUGCCAAAUCAGAUGAUAAAUCACAUCCAAGUUUCUCAGGGAAUCAACCAGUUCAACCCAAUGACUUUGCCCAAUGUCCAGAUAUCUCAGCCACCCAUUGGAGCUCGAGCUGCCUCACCCAUGAACCACCCCCAGCAAAUCAGUAUGACCUCCGUUCCAGCGAUGGGAAUGUCUCCUUCCAGGAUGCCUCAGGCCCAGGGUAUGAUGGCCACUCAUGGUGGUGCCAACAUGGUAGGCCAGACCCCAAUCCAAGGACAGUUUCUAGCUCAGCCCCAGUUUCCACCCGGUUCUACUGCUGUUGCUGCACCAAAUGCAAUGAAUGUCACUGUUGGUUCUGCCAUGGGACAGCCACCAGCACAGGCUGCUGUCACCCAGCAGCAGCAGAGUGCAAACCUCCCUGUGAAUGCCAUUGGCCCCUCGCUGGGCCUACAGCUAGCCUCCUCACAAACCCCAUUGCACUCCACACCUCCACCUGCUUCCUCCUCUGCCUCUGUGGCUGGGGGGGCUACUAACUUGCCGCAUCCCCAGCCCUCCAGCCGCUGCCCCACCCCCACCCUCCCUGCCCCAGUCCAAGGUGGCACACCACCAUGCCCCACUCAGCUUCAAACCCAGGCAGAGCUCCCUGCAGCACCACAGACCCAGCCUCCAACAACACCGUUGUCUCAACCAGGACCCAGUUUAGACAGUUGUGCACCUACACCAGCCUCAGCCACCAGUGCUGACUUGCACUCGCAGCAUGUUAGUGCAGAUCUGCCUGUCCAGGAGAUCAAAGCUGAAGCCCACCAUGAUCAGCAGGAGUUUGAGGCUGCCGGUGGUAAAACUGAAACCAAGAUGGAGACUGAAGAUAGUUCUGCUUCAGUGAUGGUCAAGGAGGAGCCAGAUAUAAAACAGGGACCAAUGGUGGUGGAGGAGAAAAAGCCUGAAAUAAAGUUGGAACCCAAAGAAGAAGAAGAAGAAGGUGUAACAAGCAGCACAACCUCCUCAUCCCCAUCUCAGCCACGUAGGAAAAUUUUUAAGCCUGAAGAGUUACGACAGGCUCUCAUGCCAACAUUGGAGUCUCUAUACAGGCAGGACCCCGAAUCACUGCCUUUCAGACAGCCUGUAGAUCCCAUGCGUCUCGGCAUACCAGACUAUUUUGACAUUGUUAAGAACCCAGUAGAUCUGUCUACAAUAAAGCGCAAGCUGGACACAGGUCAAUAUCAGGAACCAUGGCAGUACGUUGAUGAUGUCUGGCUCAUGUUCAACAAUGCCUGGCUGUACAACCGCAAAACUUCACGUGUCUACAAGUACUGCUCCAAACUGGCGGAGGUGUUUGAAUCAGAGAUUGACCCUGUCAUGCAGGCUCUGGGCUACUGCUGUGGGAGGAAGUAUGAGUUUUCUCCUCAAACGCUAUGUUGCUAUGGCAAACAGUUAUGCACCAUCCCUACUGGGGGCACGUACUACAGUUACCAGAACAGAUAUCAUUUCUGUGAAAAAUGCUUCAAUGAGAUUCAGGGUGAGAGUGUGACAUUAGGAGAUGACCCUGCACAGCCACAGACAAUGAUAUUAAAAGACCAGUUUGAAAGGAAGAAGAAUGAUGUAUUAGACCCUGAACCGUUUGUUGAAUGUAAAGAUUGUGGGCGGAAGAUGCACCAGAUAUGUGUCUUGCACUAUGAAGUCAUUUGGCCAUCUGGAUUCAUCUGUGACAACUGUUUGAAGAAGAGUGGAAAAACACGGAAGGAAAACAAGUUUUCUGCAAAACGGCUACAGUCUACAAGAUUGGGAAUGUACAUAGAAGACCGUGUGAAUAAAUACUUGAAGAGGCAGAACCACCCAGAGGCGGGAGAGGUGUUUGUUCGGGUGGUAGCUAGCUCUGACAAAACUGUGGAGGUUAAGCCAGGCAUGAAAGCCAGGUUUGUGGACACAAGUGAAAUGCCUGAAGCCUUUCCCUACAGAACCAAAGCACUUUUUGCCUUUGAGGAGAUUGAUGGUGUAGAUGUAUGCUUCUUUGGCAUGCAUGUGCAGGAGUAUGGUUCAGAGUGCCCAUUUCCCAAUACGAGGCGUGUCUACAUAUCAUACCUGGAUAGUAUUCAUUUUUUUCGACCUCGGAUUCUGAGAACUGCAGUGUACCAUGAAAUCCUCAUUGGCUAUCUGGAAUAUGUCAAGAAGCUUGGAUAUGUCCAGGGCCACAUCUGGGCAUGUCCACCUAGUGAAGGGGAUGACUACAUAUUCCACUGCCAUCCUCCUGACCAAAAGAUCCCUAAACCUAAGAGGCUGCAGGAGUGGUACAGAAAGAUGUUGGACAAAGCCUUUGCAGAGAGGAUCCUGCACGACUACAAGGACAUUUUCAAGCAGGCAACAGAGGAUCGUUUGACCAGCGCCAAUGAACUGCCUUACUUUGAAGGAGACUUCUGGCCCAACGUGCUGGAGGAGAGCAUUAAGGAGCUGGAGCAGGAGGAGGAGGAGAGGAAGAAAGAGGAAAACACAGCGGCCUGUGAAACGCCUGAGGGUAUGCCAAGUGACAGCAAAAAUGCUAAGAAGAAGAACAACAAGAAGACAAAUAAAAGCAAGAGCAGCAUCAGUCGAGCCAAUAAGAAGAAGCCUGGAAUGCCGACUGUAGCCAGUGAUUUGUCCCAGAAGCUCUAUUCCACCAUGGAAAAGCACAAAGAGGUCUUCUUUGUGAUUCACCUCCACUCCAGCCCGAUAGCCAACAGCCUGCCACCCAUUGUUGACCCUGACCCCUUGCUCUCCUGUGAUCUCAUGGACGGCCGUGAUGCCUUCCUGACGUUGGCCAGGGACAAACAUUGGGAGUUCAGCUCUUUGAGGAGGUGUAAGUGGAGCACAAUGUGCAUGUUGGUUGAGCUCCACAACCAGGGCCAGGACCGCUUUGUCUACACGUGUAAUGAGUGCAAGCACCAUGUGGAGACACGCUGGCACUGUACAGUCUGUGAGGAUUUUGAUCUGUGUAUUAACUGCUACAACACCAAGGGCCAUGAGCAUCAGAUGGUGAAGUGGGGCCUUGGUCUGGAUGAUGACAGCAACAGUCAGAGUGGAGAGGCCUCAAAAAGCCCACAAGAAAGCCGGCGCUUAAGUAUCCAACGCUGCAUCCAGUCUCUGGUCCACGCUUGUCAGUGUCGCAAUGCCAACUGUUCUCUGCCGUCCUGCCAGAAGAUGAAGAGAGUGGUGCAGCACACAAAAGGAUGCAAGCGCAAAACCAAUGGUGGAUGCCCUGUGUGCAAACAACUUAUUGCUUUAUGCUGUUACCAUGCAAAGCAUUGCCAGGAGAACAAGUGCCCUGUCCCAUUCUGUCUAAACAUCAAGCAGAAGCUUCGCCAACAGCAACUGCAGCACAGGCUCCAGCAGGCUCAGAUGAUGAGGAGGAGAAUGGCCACCAUGCAAGGCAGAACUAUGCCCCUACCAUCCCCACCUGCCUCAGCUGCCCCUAGUACACCCAAUUCCCAUACCCAGCCUAACACCCCACAGACACCUCAGCAGCCACUCCACCAACCACAGUCUCUCAACUCUACGGGUGUAACGUCUCCCUCCUUUCCAAAUGCGCCUCGCAAUGGCCAGCCUCAAGCAUCUGCAUCCCAAGGCAAAUCUGGUCCCCAGGUCUCCCCUCUACACCAGCAACAGUCAACACUUCCCCAACCUCCCCAGCAACCCCAGCAGCUGCCGCAACAGCAGCCUCCCCUUGCUGCAGUUAAGAUGGCACGGCACAUUGAAAUGAUGGCCCAGGCCCAGCAGAACCAGCAAAACUACCGGGUCAGCAUGAAUGGCUUGCCCGUAAAUCCCCAACAGCCACAGCAGCGCAUGACCGGACCAAUGCAGCCAUCCAUGCAGAUGGUUCCAGGGCCACGGGGACCCCAGGUUAUGCAACCUGGCAUGGGUCCAGGUCAGUGGCUUGGACCUGCCGGUGCCAUGCAGGCAGCACAGAAUCAACAGCCUGGAAUUCCGCAAGGCCAGUCCCCACAGCAAGCUAUGCCAAUGCAGCGAGCUAUGAUGCCCCAGGUGCAGCAACCUCAGCAGGCCCAGAGAAUGCUAAUACCUCAGCAACCUGGUACUCGACCUCAGACCUCCCAGAGACCUGGUGCUAUCGCACCUAAUGCCCUUCAGGAUCUUCUCCGAACCCUGAAAUCUCCCAGCUCUCCUCAGCAGCAGCAGGUCCUCAACUUGAAAUCAAACCCACAACUGAUGGCGGCUUUCAUCAAACAGCGAACAGCUAAGUAUGCAAACCAGCCACAGCAGCAAGUAGUUCAGCAGCAGCCACAGCAGCCUGGUAUGCCAGCAAUGCAGGCCAUGGCCAUGCCCGGAGCAACAGUACAGAGGCCUGGAAUGCCCCUCCCACAGCCUCCCUCACAGGGUAUAGCUGCCUUAGGGACUCAGGGGCAACUGAUAAAUCCAGCACACAAUCCCAACCCUCAGAUCCAGGACCUUUACCGUCGGCAGCUCUUAAGACAGCAACAGCAGCAACAACAGGGAGUGAUGCAGCAAGGCCACCCCAACCAGUUUCCUGCUCAGGGUACAGCAGCAACAUAUUCCCAGCUCCGCAUGCAGCAGCAACAACAAAUAGCCAUGCAGGCAGGUGCAGGAGGUGGUGGUGGACCUAUGGGACAGCUCCCACCCAUGACACAGAUGGGACAGCCAGGCAUGGGCUUAGACUCCACUCAGAACUUGUUGCACCAACGAAUGCUUCAGCAACAACAACUUCCUCAACAACAGCAGGCUGUACUGAAGCAGCAGAUGGGCUCCCCUGUUCAAUCCAGCCCUAUGAGCCCUCAAACCCACCUGCUGACUGGGCAGCCUCAGGGUGGAGCCCAUCUACAUGGCCAACCUGCACUGGCCAGUGCCCUUGGAAACCAAGUCCGCUCCCCUGCACCAGUACAAUCCCCCUGUCCACCUUUGCAACAGCAGCCUCAAUUACCGCCACAUUCCAGUCCCUCACCACAGGUCCAAAGUCAGCCCCAGCCUUCACCACAGCAUCCGCCACCACCCCACUCAGGGUCUCCUCAUCCUGGCCUUGGGGGCCCCUUGUCAGGGUCCAUGGAGCAGGGACAUUUGGGGACACCAGAACAGAGUGCAAUGCUACCACAGCUUAGCACACCUAACAGAGGUGGCCUGAACAGUGACCUGGGGAUAGUGGGAGAUACUACAGGGGACACUCUGGAGAAGUUUGUAGAAGGAUUGUAGCAUUUAUACUGAAAAAGGAAGCAAUCUUAUUCCUUGGGACCCAUCCUCCCUCUUCUCUUUCUAGUUUCCCUGAACUCAUCCCCCUACUCGAGGGCUUUCUUCGUUCUAAAGUUCAGAAGUUUUUUGUACUGUUAUGUAAAAUCUUUGAGCUGUUGUAAAAUGAAAGGCAAAUUGGUUAAUAAUGGAUAAAUUUUAAGAAGUUAACUGUUCUUUGGGGUUGUAAGUGGUUCUUCAGCCCAAGUGAUUGGAAAUUCUUCCUAAAAAUUUUGAGGGAUUUGCAAGUUGAUUCAGUGAAAUUUAAAUAGAAAAGAUGUCAUUUUAGUUGAGACCAAAUGUGUUUUCCAUUCUGUUUAUUUUACUUUGUUUCUGAUGUGGUUCCAUGCCUUUCUUCAAUUUUUUUAAGAAAUGUACAAUUGCAUUAUAUUAUUCAUAUUGUUUCAUUUUGUACCUUUGGGAGGGAUGGGAACUAAGCAUUUUUGUGUCAAAAUUGUAAAAUAAUUUGUCAAGAGUUAUGCCAGGUUUUUGUCUAAAGCUGUCACUCCUGGCUCUUGUAAUCUAGUGUUGUACCAGUACUCCAAGAUUGUGUUCAAGGACAAACCUCUCUGUUGCUUUUUGUGUAUGAAAGCACUCAGUUGUAUUAAAUAGGAAAUGGACUGUGGCAGGUUGUGUAGACACAGGCAUGUAUGCAGGCACACAUGAAGACACUGAUGCAAACAGUUCGUCACUAAAAGAAGAGCUCUGAAUGGUUUCAUACACGUAGAUCUCAACGACUGCAACCUACAUCUCAGUGGCCUGGAAAAAGAAAACUGUCUCACAGGUGUAGAAAAUUGUGGUUAUUACUUUGAAAAAGAAAUUGUCAUGCCUUUUUCAUAAAAAUGUAAAGUGUAAAGAGAGCAAGAGAAAGACCAGCCCCCUAAGCUGAGGAGGAAUGAUCACCAGUUGUAUCUAGGCCACAUUUUGGAUGAUGUCCCAUCCUCUAAAUUUUACACUAAGCUGUGUGUUAUUAAGGGACAAAUGGUGCAUUUGAGAUUCAGCCUGAGGGAAAACUGUUAUCAGCCCUCAUUCUUCAUACAAACUUGAAUUAGGGGGAUUUACUUUUUCUCCUAUUGUAAAUCGAGUUAAGCAAAGUACUAUAACUAUAAGGAAGAGAGAAUGAAAUCACUGUAUAAACUGGUAAAAGAUGCAUUUCUUACUUCUAUACCAUAUUGUUAAAUAAACUGUGCAACA